AUGGCCGGACUUGAAUCGGUGCCUGCCUUCACCGACCGAGCAAAGCAGAUCGGCAUCAGCGAGGACCUUCUGAAGAAGCUCCUUGCUAAGAGCUUGGACACCUUCGGCAAGCUAGCUUUCGUGUGCUCGAGCAAACCUUCCAGCGGGGAUGACGCUCCUCUCUUCGAAGCCCUGAAGACUCUGAUCGGGAGUGAGGUUCCAGUGGAACAACAUAUGGUGAUCAGGAGAUUGUGGUACGAGAGCCACGCCCACGCCCUGGUUGACUUGGAAUCGAGGGCUUCGAGAACAAGUGAUACAAGCCCCCGCGAGCUUCCGUUAGCUGAACGCCUAACACGCUUGAAACGCCAAAGGGGCGAGCUUAAAGGCCUCGAGAUGGAUAUCCACACAGAACCUGGACACGGCCUUGUGGACCGCGUCCAGGCCAUGCUCGAUUCUGCACAAGUGCUGCACAUCGCGCCGGAGAAGUGCAUUUCCCGUCAUGACGAAAUCCUGGGUGAGAAGACGGAACAAAAGAUCUCUUUGGGAGCCGACGGGAACAUCAAGGUCACGAAGCAAGCCUCGAGCCUCCGUUGCGAGACUACCGGCGAGCUCAAGCUUCGCCGGUGCUUCCUGCGCCGGGCCUUAGCGUUCGAUCAAGUAGGGCUCGCCUCCUUCACUGCACUGGAGUCUUGGCACAACCGCAUGUUCCAGGCUCUGCUUGAUGUGCCUCCGGCAGGUUAUCGCUACACUACCGUUCAGCAGCUGCUUGCAGCUGACCAGAAGCUUUGGCAGGUGGUGGCCCAGGAGAGCCGAGGUGACAUCGUCGUCGGGGUCGGAGCCCCGGCUCCUCUUGACAAGCACAUAGCCGCUGCUGCAACCAAUCAGUUUGUCGUGUCAUGCUUGACUCACCUGCCCAAGCCCUUGGAAGCUCCCGCUCCCACAUGGCUGCCAAACAAGCCCGGUAAAGGACUCGGCAAGAAGGGGGAUAAGGGAAACAAGGGCGGAGGCAAAGGCAAGGGCAAGCAAAACCAUAGCCAAUCCGGUGCGGAAGCCGCCCCGACAACCUCCUUGAAGGAGCUGCUCGAAUCUCUGCCAGAGGGCUGUGUGCGAGCCACUGAUGAAGGUCGCUUCAUCUGCCCUUUCUACAAUAAGGGCAUCUGCCGAUUCCAGAAGCGCAAGUCGUGCCGGUUCGGGAAGCAUGUGACCGCUUUGUUUGAUGCGUUGCCACACGACCAGUGCGAUCGGAGUGCUUCGGGUUUUUCCUUCUCUGCAGGACUCUACUCACGAGUCCAAGUGGGCCUCCGCAAGGCCUGCAAGCUGUUUCCACUUUCUGUGCAGGCGGUGAAUAAGUUUGUAGCUCAUUUGCUUGACGGCGCAGUUUACACGAGUUUUGCCAUAUUUUCCAGAGUACAGACCCGGGAGCACCGGGACAAGCAGAAUUCCUUUUUGCCAAACAUAGUGAUUCCUUUGACUGCAUUCACUGGGGGGGCCAUCAAGGUCUUGGAACCCAACCGCGAGAUCGACCUUGAGGUUUCGAAAGGACCGGUGCAAUUUUGUGCUAGGCAGCACCCGCACUCAACUUGUCAAGCGCACGGGCGACGAACCGUGCUUGUGCUCUUUUCCCUUAAAGCAGCUUCGCAUGCUUCUGCCGAUGAUCAGCUUUGCUUGAAACGUUUGGGCUUCCCUCUGCCCAAUCCGCGACAGCUCAGCUCCGUCGAAGUCUGCAAGUCCGAGCCUAUUUCCUUGGGUGAAGCGAAGCAGCGCCUCUUGCCGUUUCCAGACAAACCUCAAACCGGCAGUGACCCGGGUGCCCUGGGAAAGCCGACUCACGAAAGUCGUCCGCCGUCCAUGGUAGAGUGCUUGGCCUGUCGUGGUCCCUUAGCAGCAGAGGCCCUCCUCACCGGAUGGGACGCGAUUCCGGAGGAAAACGUGCAGGCACUUCUCCGAUUUGAUUCGUCGGCAGCUGUUGAUUGGUGGCACGGGACCUGGUGCACCGUGACAACAAGGUUUGCAGGGAGCUGGGUUUGGAGCCUCCUAGCGAGCACUGUGAAAUCCACCCAAUCGAAAGACUUCAUUGACUGGUUCUUCACCCUGGAAGACCAGGAGCUUGACACUUGCAUGUUCGGUUCGCCUUUUCUUACCUCACUCAAGGUCAAAGCCACGCCCGGAGCUUUCCCGCAGAUCUCUGCUACGUGUGACAAAUCACAUAAGCAUCAAGCUUGGCUGCCUUCGCCGGCCGGUGGCACCUUCAACGAUGCUUCCCUGCCCCAUGGUUUGUGCCAACGCCUGUGCGAGUGUGCCACCAAGCUCGUCACCGGAUCAACUAAGCACCGUGCAGCAGGCCGCUGCCGUCAGCUCCGGGCUGCCGUCAGGGCCGCCGCGGCCAAUCAGUCUCAUUUCACGCCACCCCUAAUUCCUGAGUUUCGGGUGGUAACCCCUUUGUCCCAAGUGCCUUCGAAUGCUGAUUUCAAGAUCUUGGACAAAGUCGGCUCGACACCGGGGGAAUUGGAUGAGCCGGAUAAGCGGUUUAGGCUUAAUGGUUCUCCCCCUAAGUCCUCGGCUCCCCGAGUAGGUGCAGUGGCUGGUGUUUACCACACCAUGGAAGAGCACCUUCGUCUUGCCUCAAAUUUGUGCAGUCCAGCUGAUACAAGCGAGAGGCUGCCAGAUCAGAUCAGGCGGAACAUUUUCGCCAUGCUGACCGAAGGACCCGUGGCGAUCUCAAAGAAAAGGCUUCUCGCUCUUCAGCAGCUGAACCGAAGAGUGCAGGAGCUUGCAGAUGAAGAAAGAACGCUUCGCGAGAGCAUGCACCCCGAUGUAGAAUCCGUGACCAGGGCGAAAGCGAUCUCCUUGUUCAGGGAACUGCUUGAGGAAACCGCCUUUGCAGACAUGUCCGUAAUCGAUUUGCUUGUGAAAGGCGUGCCACUUGUGGGCCAAGAGCAAGACUCGGCCCUCUUUGCCAAACGGCCGAAGCCGCAGGAGAUCAGCCCGGACCAACUGCGGGCCCAGUCAGCUCUCAGGAGGGACGUUCUACAGCGCACGCGAAAACUCGUCUCUCAGGAGGACUACGCCGCCAUGCGGGCGGAGACGGACGAAGAGGUCAAAGCUGGUUUCCUGAGUGGACCGUACUCUUCCGAGUCCGAGGUCAGUAAAGUGCUGGGGGCCACAAACUGGUCUCUUUCGCCCCGCUUCCUCCUGAGGCAGGGAGAGGACGCAAAGAUUAGGAUAAUAGAUGACUUCAAAAUGUCAGCUGUUAAACGUGCCUUCGGAUCUUCAUCGUUCCUCGCGUUGCAGGACACGGACUUCGCAGUGGGUUUGCUUAGAUUCCUUUCGAGGGUUCUUCAGGAUCGCUCCCGAGUAAGGGUGCCUCUGCUUGAUGGCUCGGUCUUGGAAGGCAACUGGGCGCCUGAGAUGCUGUCGGCCCCUCCCCUGUUGGGCAAGACGCUGGAUUUGAGCAAGGUCUAUCGCCAACUGGCAAUCCACCCUGAUUGCAAGGAGUUCUCAGUGCUGGGUUUCCCUACGCCCGCUGGUGGCUGGGAGUACUACAUCACGAGGAGCCUCCCGUUUGGGGCCGGCGCGAGCGUCUUCGGGUUUAAUAAGGUUGCCCUAGGGGUUCUGCACAUCAUGACAGUGAAGUUCAUGGCAAUCGCCACGGACUUUUACGAUGAUUACACCAUCUACGAGUUUAAGCCUGCUGCUUCCUUGCUGGAUAAAGCCCUCAUGCGGCUGCUGGACAUCCUGGGCUGGACCUUCGCGCGCUCCGGGCGCAAGUUUGUGCCUUUUGCCGAAAAGGUAACUUCCUUAGGUGUAACCUUGGGGCUUGAGGAAAUUUGGCAAGGAACCUUGACUGUGGAGAACAAGGCGGGCAGACUCGAGCGCAUCGUUCAGCAGCUGAAGCGGAUUUCGCAAGGAGACGAGAUCACCCGAUCAGAUGUGGCUUCCCUACACGGCCUGCUCAACUUUGCCGGGGGUUUGAUCUUAGGGUUCGAGCUUAAGGCCACCUCGCGUAUGCUGUCGCGAGCCCUGACAGGCCCAUUCCGAGGCAACACAACAGAGUUGCAGCAUGCUUGUGCGUUGGCCUUGGACGUGUUGUCGCAAUGUCGCCCCAAGCGGUGCCCUGCAUCGGUGAAGCCACCAAUCAUCCUGUACACCGAUGGAGCAUACGAGAAAGGCGUUGGGACUUGGGGCGCCGUCAUUGUAGAUGGGGUCACCGGAGCUCGGUGGACCUUUGGCGGGACCGUCUGCCAGCAGCUCAAAGACCUCUGGGAGCGGCAGGCCGGAAAUCAGAUCAUUUGCCAAGUUGAGGGUUACGCUCUUGCAAUUUUGAUCUUCGGUCUUAGGGGUUUCUUGAAAGGCAGGUCGGUCAUAGCCUUCAUCGACAACGAAGCAUGCAGAUAUGGCUUCAUCAAGCGGUACUCGCCAUCCUUGAGCCUUCUUCGCUUAAUCUCGUUGGUGGCUUUGUUGGAGGG